GAUUGAGACGGACGAGAGAAACUGCUCUCGCUCCCUCUUUCUCUCUCUCUCUCUCGGAUUUUGUUUUCGUGGCUGUUUUGUUUCUGCAGAAUUUUGAUCUAUUUUGGAAUUGCAUGUGUACUUUGUUAUGUUAGUGUUUCAUACUGCAGGAGCACCAUUUUCGCGAUUCGGGAUUUGUCUCCGAUUGGGAGUUGGAUAGGUUUGAAACUGUUAGGGUUUAAUUGGUAAUUUAGCGGAUCUGUUGAGGAUUAGGGCUGGCAAUCAGGGGUAGGCAGACGCUCGGGAUCUAGGUUUUCGUGAUUGCCGGCGUGAAUGGGUCCUUGUAAUUCUCUCUUUUCGUUCCGUCAUAUACACACGCACACGCACACACAUUUUAUUGGUUGAUGUUGGUUGGAUUGAGAUUGUAGAUUGGAGAAGGCAUAUACAAUUGUACUGUUACGGGGGUCUAAAAGCAUUCAGGAUAAACAAAGACAAUGGAGGUGACCCAGGUCCUUUUGAACGCGCAGUCUAUUGAUGGUAAUGUGCGGAAACAUGCUGAAGAAAAUCUUACACAGUUUCAAAACCAGAACUUCCCUGCUUUUUUGUUGUCUAUGUCUGGAGAAUUGUCCAAUGAUGAGAAGCCUGUGGAUAGCCGUAAGCUUGCUGGUUUGAUUUUGAAGAACGCAUUAGAUGCCAAAGAGCUGAACCUUAAAGCUGAGUUGGUUCAGCGAUGGUUGUCGCUGGAUCCAUCCGUGAAGACCCAAAUAAAGGGUUGCAUGUUAAGCACCCUUAGUUCAUCUGCACUUGAUGCUCGAUCUACUGCAUCACAAGUCAUUGCCAAGGUUGCAGGCAUUGAAUUGAGGAAUAGUCAGUGGCGUGAGCUUGUGAGCACCCUGACGUCAAACAUUUCUGGGCCUGCGCACGUGAAACAGGCGACCCUGGAGACCCUUGGGUACUUGUGUGAAGAAAUAUCUCCUGAAAUACUUGUUCAAGAGGAAGUGAACUCAAUACUUACUUCCGUCGUUCAGGGUAUGAGCUCUAGCGAGAGUAAUGAUAUACGGCUUGCUGCCACCCGUGCCCUUUAUAAUGCUUUGAGCUUCGCCAAAACAAAUUUUGAGAACGACAUGGAAAGGAACUAUAUAAUGAGGGUUGUCUGUGAGGCAACUUUGUCUCCAGAAAUGAAGAUCAGACAGGUUGCAUUUGAAUGCCUGGUCUCCAUUUCUUCUAUGUACUACAAUCAGCUUGCACCUUACAUAAAAGAUAUCUUCAAUAUUACUGCAAAAUCUGUGAAGGAAGAUGAAGAACCUGUGGCUCUUCAAGCUAUUGAAUUUUGGAGUUCUAUAUGUGAUGAGGAGAUUGAUGUGUUGGAUGAAUAUGGAGGUGACUUUAGUGGAGAAUCUGAUAUUCCCUGCUUUUAUUUUAUUAAGCAGGCACUUCCUGCUCUUGUCCCUAUGUUGUUGGAGACACUAUUGAAACAGGAAGAAGACCAGGAUCAGGAUGAAGGUGCUUGGAAUAUUUCAAUGGCUGGGGGAACAUGUUUGGGGUUGGUUGCACGGACAGUUGGUGAUGAUAUUGUUCCUCUUGUGAUGCCAUUUGUUCAAGAGAACAUCUCAAAACCAGAAUGGAGGCGAAGGGAGGCAGCUACUUAUGCAUUUGGUUCUAUUCUCGAGGGGCCAUCUCCAGACAAGCUCACCCCACUUGUCAACCUUGCCUUGGAAUUUAUGCUUCAUGCUAUGAAGGAUGAAAAUAGUCACGUAAAAGACACCACUGCCUGGACCCUGGGCAGAAUUUUUGAGUUCCUUCAUGGUCCGACAAUGGAGGCCCCAGUGAUUACACAGUCUAACUUCCCUCACAUUCUGUCGGUUCUGAUUGAGGGUAUGAAGGAUGUCCCCAAUGUUGCUGAAAAAGUAUGUGGCGCCCUGUAUUUUCUUGCCCAAGGUUACGAAGAUGUGGGCACAUCUUCUCUGUUGACUCCUUUCUUUCAAAGCGUUGUUGAGGCUCUUCUUACUACUGCUCACAGGGAAGAUGCUGGAGAGUCUCGCUUACGCACAUCUGCUUAUGAAACGCUCAAUGAAGUCGUCAGGUGUUCAAUGGAAGAGACUGCGUCCAUUGUCAUGCAACUUAUUCCUGUUUUCCUGAUGAAGCUCAUGGAAACACUUGAGGUGCAGAAACUCUCAUCUGAAGAGAGAGAGAAGCAGAUCGAAUUGCAGGGACUUCUCUGUGGGUGCUUACAGGUCAUCAUCCAGAAGCUGAGUGGUUCAGACUCCACAAAAUAUGGUCUGUUGCAGUAUGCAGAUCAGAUGAUGGCUCUCUUCCUUAGGGUUUUUGCAUUUAGAAAUGCCACGGUUCAUGAGGAGGCAAUGCUUGCUAUUGGCGCCCUGGCAUAUGCGACAGGAGCCGACUUUAGUAAGUACAUGCCAGACUUCUAUCCGUAUCUGGAAAUGGGCCUUCAGAAUUUUGAAGAAUACCAAGUCUGUGCAGUUACGGUUGGUGUCGUUGGUGACAUAUGCAGAGCCUUGGACGAGAAGAUAUUCCCUUAUUGUGAUGGGAUCAUGACUCAGCUUCUGAAGGACUUGUCAAGCAAUCAGCUACAUCGAUCUGUGAAGCCUCCAAUCUUCUCAUGUUUUGGUGAUAUAGCCCUGGCCAUAGGUGAAAGUUUUGACAAGUACUUGGUGUAUGCAAUGCCGAUGCUCCAGGGAGCAGCCGAACUGUCACUGCAACCUGCAAAUUCUGAUGAUGAAAUGAUUGAAUACAAUAACCAAUUGAGGAAUGGGAUCUUGGAAGCAUACUCGGCGAUCUUUCAGGGCUUCAAGAACUCUCCCAAGACCCAGCUGCUGAUGCCCUAUGCACCUCACAUCCUUCAAUUUUUGGACAGCAUGUAUCAGGAGAAAGACAUGGAUGAUAUGGUGACAAAGGCUGCAGUGGGCGUUCUUGGAGACUUGGCAGACACACUGAGUGCAAAUGCUGCUCCUUUGCUGCGGCAGUCAUUGUUUUGCAGGGAUUUUGUGGACGAAUGCUUAUCGUCAGAUGAUCAUUUGAUCAAAGAGACUGCUGAAUGGGUGCAUAUGACACUGAGCCGGGUUGUUUCAGGUUGAUGGUCGUUAGUAUCCUUGUAUUGCUAACAGGUCCAUGCAUUUGUCUGCAUUGUCUGGUUGGGGAUUUCACCAUGCAUGUGUCGGUUGCCCUGCACUCAUCAAGGACAACAGUAGUGUCGGAGGUCCGAGGUGAAGGCUUCCAUUGUCAGCAUCAUCAGAGUCGGAGUUGCAGUCGGAAGUUGGAGGGGGUCGGGGGAACGGAGAGAUCAUUAUAACCUGCCAGGCUGCCACUGCUAAUUUGGUCAUCGCAACACGUGAGCUUGCAGAAAUGGGUUGGAAGCUGGUGAAAACCGGGUCUCUGCAAAAUGACAGAGACUGGCGGCUCCAAUUACAACGAAAACAUAUGCAGCCUUCUUGCCCUUCGACGUUCAGCAGUUGCAAAGAAUAGAUUAACUGAGUCGUGGGGGGUUCUCUGCUCUUUGCAAUUGACAUACAGAGCACAACGCUCCCUGAUGAUAAGAAACGAGGAAAUUUUUUGCUGGAGCUUGGCGAAUGGGAACCCUUUUUCUACUGGUUAUUUUGUUUGUCCCCAAAAGGUCCUGUAACACUUUAAUUCUUGUUUCAAAAAGUCCGUCUAUGUCCGUCGCAUAAUUGCAUCCGUGGCGUUCUUCUUCCUUUUUUAAAGCCAUACUGUUGUACACAUGUCUCCGAAUCUGCUUCAGACGCAUAUUUAUCUUGUAGUUUUUUAAUUUAAAUGCAUAUUUGGCGUGCUUCUUGCAGUAAUUA